CUCUGCGAGCGCGACCAGUGCCGCCGCGCGCGCUGCCCGGCCCACGCGCACGCGAAAAUUCGGAUUCGCAAAUACGCAUUCGCAAAAGUAAACAAUCAUUUGGUACAAGUUCCUUAUAAAGUAACGAUUCCACUCGUUGUUUAAAUAGAACCAAGUGGGCAAUAUCUGUGUUCUAACGCCCUCGCGAAAUUUCUGCAAAUGUUCCUGUAUAAGUACAUUAAAUCUGAGUUAUAGAACUAUUAGUAACUUUGAACCAAACAUGGAUAGCAAAGCCGGCAACACCUUGAAAGGACAUGGGUGCUACUAAGAGAUACUAAUAAAAUUUUAUUACCCUAUAUAUAGCGUGGGCUAACUCAUCUCAAUCGUACAUACCUUACCUAGGUAUUACAUUUCGUAAUAACUGUGCUUUGUUUUUGGUACUCGAAUUUAUUAUAAUGCCCACAAAGUUAGUGUUUCCUUUUCGUAGAAAUUGCGCAUACAAAAGAUGACACAAAGUGUUACGAGUCAGUAAAUGAUAGAUGAAGAUUUCGGACAUUGGGUACAAUGUGUGCAAGAACCUCGCUAAUGGUUCUAAGUGAAGAAAGCUGAACUAAAGACAAUGUGUAGUGUCACUUCGCUUUAAAAGUGAAUUUAUAAAGUUGUUUGUGAAAUGUAUCAUAACGGGAGGCUGGGGAGCAGCAGCAGCAACAGCCAUUCGACUUCGCCUGGAGGCUCUAAAUUGAGGGUGUCUGGUGCGGUGAGAUUCGACACGGCCCCUCUUCAUGUCCAGCCCCAGAAUGCAGUCGGGGUCGGGGAAGCCACUCGGCAGUUUGCAGUGUUCGCUACAGCGCCUUAUAAGGAUAGAGCAAGAUUUUCGGACACAAGUUGGCAAAUUCAUCGAACAUGGGCACGUAAUGGUGAUCCGCUCCCGUUGUCGCCUCCGCCUUCGCGGUCUGCGGCAGCACAGCCCGCUGCGCCUAUCACCACGACCGAACCCCAACUUCGCAGCAAUCGCUCCGACCAAAAUGGCAUCUACGACACCAUUACCACGCGGGCGGUAAGCGCACCGGCCACUCCCGCCACCCCGGCCCUUGCAAGGGACCAAACGGCUUCUCGGUCGGCGAGUUACCCAGCGCCGGCGGGGACUCGACUAGACUUAUGCUAUGUGGCCGAACGAAUGUUAGCAUUGCACCUACCUGAACGCGAUGCACACGCAGAAGCGCAAGCCGCUCACAUGCUCAGCAAUAAGCAUGGUGAACAUUUUAUGGUAUUCGAAGUCAGCAGUGGCGACGGGCGUACGGCGCGCGCAGUAUUCAGGCGAGCUCGCUCGCUUGGUUGGGCGGGAGAUCUGGCGCCGCCACUCGAGAAGCUCUGUGCGGCCUGCAAGCACAUUGAGAGCUGGCUCGCAGCACAUCCUAAGAAUGUCGCUAUUCUUCUAGCGUGGGGCAACCGCGAGCGUCUAGGCGUCCUUGUGGCGGCGUACAUGCACUACUCUGCCAUCUGUGGUGCACCAGAGAAUGCUCUAGAUCGAUACGCAAUGCGAAGGUACCUCGAUGACCGCGUGCCCGUCUUUCACUUGCCCUCUAAUAAAAGAUACAUAGAUACAUUCGCCGGUCUUUUGGCGGGUCAGAUCCGCGUGAAUGCAUCGCCUCUACAUCUGACACACGUGAGCGUGGCGGGUUCGCUCGCCUCGCCAGCUGCGCCCACCAUCGCUUUCCUGAAAAUAUACGAGAACUUCGUCUGCGUCUAUACUUCCGGGUUAUACAUGGUAAGCGGUGGCGGCUGGACUGUCGGCGUCGGUCGACUAGCUCUUCGUGGCGAUGUACUAGUCCGUGCGUACAGGCGACCGGCGCACGCGCAGUCUCACGCAGCGCAACGACACCUCGUCUUCGCUUGUCAGUUCCACACCUGUGCCGUCGCCGAUCACACACUAUCCUUCACUAAGCAGCAACUCGACCACGCUGUGCAUGACCCAUCAUUCCCAACGGACGGAGCCGUAGAGCUGGUGUUUGCACGAGGCGAAGGUACGGGGGGCGCUGCGCCAGCGCCGACACCUGCGGCGCCUUUACGCGCUGCUCCCGAUGCCUUGGCUAGAGCUGACUCCCUGGAACAUUUGAGGCCACUCUCGACAAUUACCGAUGAUGAUCCCGGUGAGAACAACGGCAGCGCAGAGGGCUCAGGCUCUGGUGGCGAAGCAGGAGAGGGAGCCGAAGCUGCGCAUACGUUUGGUCCUCUCGACGGAUCCAUCUACGCGACAGUAGUGCGCGCGGGCGGCGGGCCCGCCUCGCCGCUCAGCGCCUCCAUGGACUCGGGUAUUUCGUCAGCGGGACGCCGCGCCGCCCCCAGCCCGCCGGACGAGCUUGACGCACUGCUGGGCGAUAUGCUACGCACCGUAAGCGCGCUGCCCGACCCGCCGCCGCCAGCGCAGUCGCAGCCCGAUCGCGCGCCGGACAUACCGUAUCACGCGCGCGCUGACUCUGCACCUUUCACAUACGGCGCCCCCGGUCUUAGACCCGGCAUGCUGCGAGCGCCAAACCGCCUCGCCAGCCCCGAGCUGGUACGGCGCGCCCUCGGCGGUGACCGUAACUACCGGCCCAUCGAGGACGACGACGAAGACCGCACCGUCACUCCUGAUCCUUCGCCUCGCACUCCGCUCUCACCUCGAACUCUUCGAAAACUUACUCACGAAGAUGUCACCACCACUAAAACAGCACCAUCACCCUCGUCGCCUUUGCGUAACGGGAGAUGGCUGAAUGGCGAUACGGAGUGGGUGGAUCGGCCCCCCAACAGUGCUCGCAAAAUCUUGCCCGAAAACGGAACAUGGAGAUCAAACAGUGCAAUUGGUUGGCACGAGGAUACUAGAACGAGAGAACCUAGGCGGUCAGAGAGUAACGUUGAAAGCAGCUCUGGUCUCACUUGGCUACAACGACAGCAGCAAAAACUUCGAGAAAGGAAAGAAGCUAGAGAACGGGUAGCGCGACUGCCGCUCGAAUGGAAUGCUCCGUCAAAGCACGUCAGACGAUCUGCUAGCCAUCGAAUGGAUGGUUACACGAGCGACACAACGGCCUUCGCAGAUGACGACGACGACUUCAGUGUUCCCCUACACGUCCACACACGAACCGCUUUGAGAAAUGACAGUCUUAGCCCUUUAGCUCCAGACAGGACCUCAUCUAGGAAAUUCAUGUUCGAGAAGAUGACAACGCGCGAGUGGAGUGCAUCGAGCACGCCGUCAGGCACUCCUGCGCCUGGUUUGCUGUCUCUUGCUGACUCCAUUAACAACGACACCGUUAGUAUCCGCGAACGGUCGGAGAGUUGGUCGCGCGAGUCUCGGUCUGGCACGCCGCUGUUCCCGACGCACCCGCGGACGCCAUAUCCGCCCACGCCCACGCCGUCGCUAAACGCACGCCCACCGCGAUCGCCGCCUGUCACCAGAAAAGAGCGCGAAGGCAGCCCCGAGUCGGAAUACCGUAUCUACAACGGCAGCUGCGGGUCGCGGAGCUCGAGCGUUGGCGGCGAGCCGCAACAUGUUGCACCCGACCGCGUGCGCUUCGCCAAGGACACCUCGCACUAUUGGUACAAGCCCAACAUCUCGCGAGACGAUGCGGUGUCAGCUCUCCUACCACUCGAAGAAGGGUCGUUCAUCGUCCGCGACUCGAACUCGUUCCCGGGCGCGUUCGGGCUAGCAGUGCGAGCUGGCAAUGGCGUGCGCCACUUCCUCGUGGAGCCGGCGACUCGCGGCGUGCGCCUGCGCGGCUGUCCCGACGAGCCCGUCUUUACCUCGCUCUCGGCUCUUGUCUACCAACAUACCGUCACGCCACUCGCAUUACCGCUGCCCCUGCGAUUGCCUGACAAAGAUCCGUGGCCGGGAGGCAGUGCGAACGCGGCGGCACGGACGUUGCUUGCAACGGGCGCGGCAUGCCACGUGCUGCUUUUAGGCUGCGAGAACACAGAAGCCCUUACUGGACCGGCGGCUGUUAAAAGAGCUGUGCACAACGUCUUAAAGAAAAAGGCUCCAGCACAUGUAGUCCACUUCAAAGUAUUCGGCGGUGGCAUAACGCUGACCGAUUCUGCGCGAAAGCUGUUUUUCCGACGGCACUAUCCUGCUAGCGGCGUAUCUCACGCCGGCAUCGACCCUGAUGAACGCCGCUACGUCUACAUCGAUAAUGGAACACAGACAGAAAAGCGCAUUUUUGCAUUCGUGGCGCGAGCGUCGCAAGGUGCGGAUAACCAGUGUCACGUAUUCGCCGAGCUGGAGCCCGAGCAGCCCGCCACUGCCAUCGUCAAUUUUGUCAACAAGGCUCUACUGGGAAACACACAGAAGAGAGACAUCAUUUGAGACACAAAGCAAAGUGAUGAAGUGACACUAAUGAAAAACUACUUUACAAUAUCAAAUACUCAAUUUAUGCAAAAGUGUAAAACACGGUAAUUUGGUCGCAGACAUUCUUAUCAUUCGCAAAACAUUUAAUUUCUUUAGUGAAGUUAAAUUGUAUGGAUAAAUCAUUCAUAAAGUUUUAACACAUCGGUGUCAAUUCGAUUCGUAGAUUUCUAAAUCUAUUAAAUUUUUCUAUUUAGUUAUUUUAAAAUGACGAAAACUGUAAGAAUGAUUACUUAUAUUAAUUUGGUUUCAAAAUUUUGCGUAGAAUCACCAGUAAUGGCAUUGGUUAUUAGGAGUUCUACAAAUUCAAAGAUAUUCUUUCAAAUACGCUUCAUUUUGACCAAGUACAAUUAAUAACCAUUCGUGUGUUAAAGUUCUCCGUAGGUAUAAAUAUUAUUAAUACAUUAGGAUAAGAAAAAACUAACUAGUCUCAUGAUUAAUUUAAUCAUAGUGUAGUGAUAUGACGUGUGCCUAAUAUGAUUAUUUUUAUGGACGGUAAGCAAACCAGGUGCCGUUUUAAUGUGCAUUUUACUAAAACUAAUUGACAGACAGAAUUGCAAUUUGCUAUUUUCAAAUGAAAGGAAACGAAAGAGAUAGUAAUAGUUUUCUGUAAAGUUAUUUUAUUGCACAUAAUCGACAUAGCAUGGCCAUGUCAUGAAAGAAAUGAGAAAUAAGUAAUUGUAAUAUCAAUUCAUAAUCCAACAUCUCGAUCUGCAUUCUUUGUCCGCAUUCAUCCGUAUAACCAAUACAACGAAAUAUAUGACUAAUAAUACAAUACGAAUAAAAUUUUGCUUAGAUUUGCGGCUACCUAUAGUAGAGAAAAUAUUACAAAUCACAAUGAUACUAUUCGAUAUUCUCGCACUAAUUUAAAAUUUAUUGUAGACGGAGAGCGUACAGGUCUAUAAACUAAAAAUGCAUUAAGUUAAAAGUUCAUUUAAAAAUGCAGCUGUACU